GUGCAAAGAAAGGGCAUUGAUUGAGACUGGAGGCAAGAAGAUUUUAACAUCAGCAUCAAUAAGAAUAUUCUGCCUCCAAUCAGGAUCGCUGACUCGUCUCCAAUGAAAAGCCUCCUUACAUCCUGAUUCCCGGGACCUGCUUCCCAUCUCAAGGUUUCCUUGGCUGGAAGUCAGUCAUGUAAGAAGCUUGGGCUUUUUUUUUUCUGCUUUUUUUUUUUUUUUGCAUUCCUCCGGGCUGUGUGUGUAUUCACGCCGAUGCAUGCAGAGAAGAUGCAAAUUGCAGCAAAAGCCAAAGCAGAAAUGAGAGAAAAAGGGGCAGAACAAGUCAAAUCAAUAGGAAAUUAAAUUUCCAUCCUUUUUUUUUUUCUCCUUCCCCAAGUAACCUGGCAACACAUAAUCAGCAAUUCUAGCCAAUUCUCCUGUUCUGCAGCUUUGCCGCCUCUUGCCGCUGCAGGCGAAGCCAAAGUGCCCAGGCUGCAUCCACAGAUGGACAGCAAUUGGUACCCGUCUCAGCAUCCCUGGGCUAAAAACUAAAGUUCAUCAUCCCUGAGUCUUUUAUUCAUUUUUCCCUUUCAUCUUGCUGGGAUGUCAUUUGCUUGGAUUUCAUGUUGGAAUACCCCCGGGUGGCUGGGAUUGAUUUCAGCGGCGGCUGCUUCUUGCAUGGUGUGACAACGAGACACCUACUAAGGACAUGAGAAGAUUUAUCUAUUGCAAAGUGGUUCUGGCCACAUCUUUGGUCUGGGUGCUCCUGGACGUCUUUUUACUCCUCUACUUCAGUGAAUGUAACAAAUGUGACGACAGGAAAGACCGAUCGCUGCUGCCUGCUCUGAGAGCCGUGAUUUCAAGAACUCCUGAGGGUCCAGGGGAGCUUGGGAAAGCUGUAAUUAUUCCAAAAGAUGAUCAGGAGAAAAUGAAGGAGCUAUUCAAAAUCAAUCAGUUCAACCUGAUGGCCAGUGACCUCAUUGCUUUAAACCGAAGUCUUCCUGAUGUAAGGUUGGAAGGAUGUAAAACAAAGGUUUAUCCAGAUGAGCUUCCCAACACGAGCAUUGUGAUCGUAUUCCACAACGAAGCCUGGAGCACACUGCUGAGGACCGUUCACAGUGUCAUUAACCGAUCGCCGCACCGCCUUAUAUCCGAAAUAAUCCUGGUGGAUGAUUCAAGUGAGAGAGAUUUCCUUAAAUCACCCCUGGAAAACUAUGUGAAACAUCUAGAAGUACCAGUGAAAAUUCUUCGGAUGGAACAGAGAUCGGGACUGAUCCGGGCACGCCUCAGGGGGGCAAACGUGGCCAAGGGCCAAAUUAUUACUUUCCUAGAUGCUCACUGUGAAUGUACAAUUGGCUGGCUGGAGCCGCUAUUGGCACGAAUCAAGGAAGAUCGUAAAACGGUCGUUUGUCCCAUAAUCGAUGUCAUAAGCGACGACACCUUUGAAUACAUGGCUGGAUCAGACAUGACUUAUGGCGGAUUUAAUUGGAAGCUGAAUUUCCGUUGGUAUCCUGUUCCGCAGAGAGAAAUGGACAGAAGGAAAGGAGACAGAACCUUGCCAGUAAGGACACCUACAAUGGCAGGAGGCCUCUUCUCCAUUGACAAAACUUACUUUGAAGAGCUUGGAACCUAUGAUUCUGGGAUGGAUAUUUGGGGAGGCGAGAAUCUGGAAAUGUCUUUUAGGAUCUGGCAGUGUGGAGGAUCACUUGAAAUUGUAACAUGUUCCCACGUCGGCCAUGUGUUUCGAAAAGCGACGCCCUACACCUUCCCUGGCGGCACAGGUCACGUGAUUAACAAAAACAACAGAAGGCUAGCGGAAGUCUGGAUGGAUGACUUCAAAGACUUCUUUUAUAUCAUUUCUCCAGGAGUCGUCAAGGUGGAUUACGGGGAUGUAUCAGAGAGGAAAGCCCUCAGAGAGAAUCUGAAGUGUAACCCAUUCUCUUGGUACCUGGAAACCGUAUAUCCCGACUCUCAGAUUCCAAGGCGUUAUUUUUCCCUUGGUGAGAUCCGAAAUGUUGAAACAAACCAGUGCCUGGAUAACAUGGGUCGAAAAGAAAACGAAAAAGUGGGGAUUUUCAACUGUCACGGCAUGGGGGGAAAUCAGGUUUUUUCGUAUACAGCCGACAAAGAGAUUCGUACUGAUGACCUGUGUCUGGAUGUAUCUCGACUUAAUGGUCCAGUCAUCAUGUUGAAAUGUCACCACAUGAGGGGCAAUCAGCUCUGGGAAUAUGAUGCAGAGACGCAUACAUUUCUUCAUAUCAUUACCCAAUCAUGUUUGACUUUAAGCAAUGUAGAGGAUGGCACCUUUGGCCCAACUGUGGAGUUCUGUAAUGGUAGAAACCAGCAAAGGUGGACACUGAGAAAUUAUACCAGGCUGGAAGUUUUUAGAAAUAUUUUUUACAGUCCCACUGAUUACUUUCUAUGAAAGAUGUUCGAGCAUUUAAUAUUGAGACAUAUCAACAGUAACCAAUGCCUGGAUGAGCCGAGUGAUGAUGAUAAAAUGGUCCCUACCAUGAAGGAGUGCAAUGGAAGCCGAUCGCAACAAUGGCUGCUGCGUAACAUGACCCUGGGUGCCUAAUGCUGUCAAGUCGUCCCCAGUUGUUUGGACCUCAAUUAUCAGCUUUUUGAACACUUAAAGAGGGUAUAGCACUUCCUUACCUCUCCAUGGCAUCAGAUAAUUAUGAACCUCUUUACACUCCAACUGCGAGGAUGAAAAUAGGACCUUUUCUAUUUUUCCCCCUAAACGAUACGUGACUGUACACGUCCGACGGAAACAAGUGUCUGUCUUUGGGAAAGCACAUUUAGAAGCUGUAAAUAACACGACAUGUCUGGGAAAAGAAAUAGCGGCACGAAAAUAUAUUUGACAGCUUACGGAAUAUGUUGGAAUAAACUGGAAAUGUAUUCUGUAUAAAAUGUAUUUUAUUUUAUUAAACGAGUAAAGAUCGGUGAGAUAUAUUUAUAAUUGUAACGGAUAUACGGAAAAAAUAAAUGCAUUCAUAACUAGUGA